AUGGGGAAUGUCGCCAGCCGCCUGGACGAUGCGGGGAAUCUGUUCUUUAAGGAUCAAAAUCGCUUCACGGUCGCAUCUGUCGCGAUAAGCAGCCCCCGACGUCGUCUUUUGACGCUGACCCCUAACGCGUUCCCUGCGGCGCGCUUCACUGCAAAGCGCGAUGUCGGCGAUGAUACUCCCGUUGAAUACAUUCAGGACCCCGAUACUCCCUCCUCCGCCCCGAUCCCGACAUUUAUGCUUCGCCUGUCGAACGACGAGGAACUGACUUUCAACUUCACCUUUAUCAUUCGUCAGACACAAACUGGAAACGCUGCAAGCUCUACCGUCAAUGGAGUCGCUUCCUCAAUGCCCGAGGUGGUGGAUACCAACCUCAUGGGGCUUACGUUCGCUCAUGCGUCCAACUCGAAAGAACUCGAUAAUUUGAUCACAAGGGAGUUCCACGCGAACCCUAACCUUCAGAACAACUCUAAUGUUCAGUUGAUUGGAGAUUACUCUACAGGCGGAUCUCCGUCCGUCUCCUUCGAUUGGUCUUGGACGUGGAAGCCCCCGAAGCUGAUGGAAGACAAAGGUGGCGGCUGGCGCAACAGCUGCAGUUUCUUAGAUUAUGACCAGCGAACCAAUCGUCUGAACACUCUCGCGCACUUUUCAUUCUGGGUGCAUAAUUCCCCUCGUCCCCUUCGGAGUCCAAGUCCUCAGAUCUACUCUCCUAAACUCGAGUUACCCGUUCUCCCGCGCUCUCGCAUUCCUUCCACCCAGUCCGUCUUGUCGCAUUACAGUGAUGCCGAAUCAAACCACAACAUCGAACCCACUCCGCCCGAAUCAGCCGACAAGGCUCUCCCGCCUCCGCCGACCGCGCUCCCUCCCCCACCACCGGCCAAGGUGGAUCUCCCACAUUCGCGGGCAGGCGAUGAGAUGAGCGGGGUGGAAGAUGGACCCUUGUUCCGGGCGACUAUGAAAGCACUCGAAUCGAAGACGAGCAACAUGCGAAGCAAGAUCAAGAAAGUGCUCAAGAAAGCCGAAAGCGCCCAGCAGGCGCAAGCAAGCUGCAAUGAAGCCGUGGAAGCGUUCCUAGGCUCGCUGAAUGAUGCCUCUACUUCCAAUGCAAAUGCUAUUCAGCCCGCCUUGGACCACUACUUUGAGAAAAUUGCCCGGCAGAUUUUGAGAUACGAGCAAUUGAACACGAUCAAGCUUCAAAAACUUGUUAUUGAGCCUUUGAUCAAGCUUUACCAUAAUGAUAUCAAACAAGCAGAAGCUAAAAAGAAAGAGUGGGAUGAAGAAAGCCGCGACUAUUAUGCAUAUGUCAGCCGAUAUCUAGGCCAGCGCCAAGAUUCGCUGAAAGAGAAGAAGCGUGCUGAAAGCGAUUCUAAAUAUCAAGCCAAGCGACGGAACUUCGAAUUAAGGCGUUUUGACUACUCUUCUUUCAUGCAAGAUCUCCACGGAGGCCGCAAAGAACAAGAGGUUCUCUCCCAUCUCACCAAGUACGCGGAUUUCCAAGCCAAGAAUUUUCUAGCAACUGCCAAGAAUAUCGAAGGCAUGACGCCUCAGCUAGACGCUCUUAUUCACGAGGUGACCCAGGCAGACAAAGAAUUCCAGUUCCAACGCACAGAGCGCGAAGAGAAACGCCGGGCCCUGGAAAAUGGCAGCAACCCAUACCUCGAACCUGACGCCGUGGCCAAUGCCGUGGCUAGUGCCGUAGGUGUACCUAUAGUGUCACCUGGCACGACCAACGGUGCCACUUCAGAAGUUGAGCUUGGUCGCGCCGAUAGUACAGGCUCCCAGCUACGGGGUGUCAUUAGCAAUACCUCGUCGGUUUCGUCCCAAGCAAACGCAGGGGGGUCCGUUGUCUCGGCUGCAGGGACCUGUGCACCUGCAUCGAACUCAGCGGUCCCUGGCAGUGCCAGUCAGAACCGCUUUAAGGGUAUUCGUGAUCUAGAGGAGCCGGCUGGUUUCAACUCUGAUCGCACGGGCGGCCAACAGCGGAAAGAAGGUCUUUUAUGGGCGCUGUCUCGACCCGGAUCACACAUUGAUCCCAAGGGGAUCAACAAACAGGCAUGGCACAAAUUCUGGAUUGUCUUGGAUCAAGGGAAACUGUCCGAGUAUAGCAACUGGAAGCAAAAACUAGACCUGCAUAUGGACCCUAUCGAUCUGCGCAUGGCGUCCGUACGUGAGGCUCGCAAUGCUGAACGACGGUUCUGCUUCGAGGUGAUCACACCUCAGUUUAAGCGCAUUUACCAAGCCACGUCUGAAGAUGAUAUGUCAAAUUGGAUCAGGUCGAUCAACAACGCGCUCCAGAGUGCGGUAGAAGGCCAGGGAACCUCACCUCCUUCUUCAUCCAGGAACGAUUCUACCACCAGUCGGGAUAUUGGUUCUGUCUUAACAGGGAAAAGCUCCUCUGUAUCUGGCCAUCACUCCUACUCUAGCUCAAGCAACAAUGCUGGUGUGAUCCGCCGAACAACUGUGGGUGCGCGCCCUAGCUACGUCCGCCAUGACAGCAACAACUUUGAAGAGAAUCCCGCCAAACUCUUGCAGGUCAUCCGAGAUGCUGACCAGGGCAACAACUGGUGUGCCGAUUGUGGAUCAACAUCCAAGGUUGAAUGGGUGUCAAUCAAUCUUGGAAUUGUGCUUUGCAUUGAAUGCAGUGGAAUCCAUCGCUCUCUAGGCACACACAUCUCCAAGAUCCGCUCGCUCACCCUGGAUGUUCAUUCCUUCUCAAACGACAUUGUCGAGAUUCUCCUGCAAAUCGGCAAUCGCGUCAGCAACAUGAUCUGGGAGGCAACCUUAGAUCAAACUCUCAAACCGAAUGCCACUUCUACGCGCGAGCAACGUCUAAAAUUUAUCACGGCCAAAUAUGUCGACAGAGCCUAUGUCGAGGGUCUACCCUCACCACGCUCCAGCUUCGCAACACCAGACGAAACCCUCCUAGCCUCAAUAAAGAAGAACGAUAUCACUGGUGUCCUCUAUGGUCUCGCCCUUCGUGCAAACGUCAACAUCACAGACCGUUCCCGCAACACCCACGCCACCUUCCUCGCCCUAGCCGCCGCAGACCCCGCAUCUCCAGGCUCAACCCCAACAUCCCUCUCAGCCCGCUCAGCUGCAAAGGCAAUUCCAUUCCCUGUCGCCGAACUCCUCGUCCAAAAUGGCGCUGAAAUUCCUCCUCAACCUCCCUCCAUCCCCCUCUCCCCAGCAGCCCAACUCUAUCUCAGCCAGCGCACAGCUCGCACUUCUGCCUUUAGCGUCCCACCCCCACCACUAGGCCGCAAGUCCUCUGCCAACGAUACCCUGGGCUCCCUCCCCACGAUCCGCAGCAAGGAACCCGCGCACACAUCCACCGACAAAGACAGGGAGAAGCUGUCGAAACGUGGCAGUGCCGGCGCUCGCUUUGCGGGCAAAGUCGCUUCCCUUGGCAUCGAUCGCUAA